AUGCGGCUGCAUGCUCAGCUCUGUGUUUGGUGUUUGGAGCCAGAGGACAGAGACUCUCUCCUGGCAGGUGUCCUGGACUUACCAUGGCAGGAUGAGCUGUGCUGUGAUUCACAUACAACCCACUUUAAUGUGGAGGGAGGUGGCACGCACACACCGGGGACCAACGGCUCUGAAUCAGUCCUCCCACACCAGCCCCGCUGCAGCUUCAAAAGCUUGACAUCCGAGUUACGUCCUCAUGAGCCCUUUGGCCACAGCAGUUCAUUCAACACUGGUGUCUGUUUGGACAUACUGUGCAGAAUUGAUGAAACCUGGGAGAAAUUAACUUGUGACGUCAAGUCUCGUGGCCAAACAUCGGUCUCUUUGGACGGAGGUUUGAAGUUGCAGCGUCUGUCACAGACGGAGGAUCCACAUGACAGCGCUGUGUCCAAUAAUCCCAUCGUCUGUGAGGCAGAGGAUUCCUUUGUUUGUUCUGUCCCUCUUUACACUUCAGCAAGCUAUAUCACCGUGGUAACCAUCGGCAUCUCCAGUGCCACAUCUCUGCCGGUUCACCUCAGAAUUCCUCCCAGACCCGUAAAACCGGAGCCUCCAGUCAACCUUUCGCACAUUCAGACCAUCGAUGCGGAACUGAUUUUACUGUGGGACGACCCUGCAGACUGUGACGCUGGACCACUGAGAUAUGAAGUCCGAUACACCUUUAACAGCACUCAUCCAUCCUGGCAGGUGGUGUCUGCACCUGCAGAGCCCAGACAGUCUCUGGAUCUGAAGCCCAGCCUCAACUACACCGUCCAGGUCCGCUGCUCCGGCCUGGAGGAGCCUCCGCUGUGGAGUGACUGGAGUGAGAGUCACCACAUCUACCUAUACAUUGUGAGCUACAUCCCUGACAAAGUCGUGGCACGGCCGGGCGAGAAUGUAACAGUCUACUGUGUGUUCAACGACCACAGCUUUAAUGCCAGCAUGGCAUUAUGGGUGCUCAACUGGGACCAGCUGCUUCACCACAGCCAGUACCACCCAGUCAACCAGUGGGUCAGCCAGAUCACAGUGCAUCCUUCAGAAUCUCGGAUGUAUGACCUGCUGCAGUGCACUCAGGAUUGGACCCUCCCGUACAGCCAGAUUUUUGUAGAAGGAGCUUCCAUUGAUAUAAAUUGUAAAACUAACGGUGAUAUUGACUCAAUGGAGUGCAGCUGGGAGAACACACAGUGGACCAAAAUGGAAUUUCGAAACAGGUGGGCUGACGUGCCGUGCUAUGUGAUGGAGGAGAGGGACAAAGCGGGGGAGAAACUGGGGGAGAAACUGGGGGAGACAGAGCCGACCUGCCUGCAGGUCAGGACCUGCACCAUCCAGCCUCUGAGGAUGAACUGCUACAAGCUGUGGCUGGAGGUGCCGUCUCGACUGGGCCCCAUCAGCUCCAAACCGAUCUACCUCUCUCCUAUAGAUCAUGUGAAACCCCACCCACCCACUAAUGUGUGGGCAGUGAGUCGGAGUAGUGGAGUCCUGAUGGUCACCUGGGAGCCUCCAUCUUUACCGGUUGAGGGGCUCCAGUGUCAGUUUCGGUAUCACUCUCCUUCCACAGUGAGAGCUCAGCCAGAGUGGAAGGUCCAGAAUUCAGUGCGGGUUCCAUCAGCAGAGGUUGUGGUGCCGGACAUGUGCCGGGUGUAUGUGGUACAGGUGCGCUGCAUGCACACCAAUGGCACUGGCUACUGGAGCGAGUGGAGUGAUUCUGUCUACUCCACUCCACAAAACAGCAGAGCUCCUCAGCGUGGCCCUGAUUUCUGGAGAAUUCUUCAAGACGAUCCAUACAGAAACCAGACUAACGUCACACUGCUGUUUGAGGAUCUCCCGGUAUCAGGUCACUCCUACUGCGUGAAUGGCUUUAUAGUUCAGCACCAGACCUCGAAUGGCGCUGUGAUGAGAAGGUCCAUGGAGUUGGUGUCCUCCUACAGCUUUGAGUGGAACCAGGAGCUCCAGUCUGUGACUGUAGAGGCCUACAACAGUCUGGGGAGCUCCACUAACAACAUCAACAUGACACUGGAGAGGCGGCAAAAACGCCACUCUGUGCACUCGUUUUGCGUGCUGGUUAUCAACAGCACCUGCGUGUCUCUGUCCUGGAGCCUGCAGGACAACAGCUCCGUGCCGGUGUUCAUGGUGGUCGAGUGGUUACCGCAGAGGCAGCAGGAGUCCGAUCAACUCAAAGCGCAGAGUGGGCAGACGUGGGCCAGACUUCCUUACACUGAUCGCCCCGUCUAUCUGAGAGGUGAUUUCUUCGGCUCGGAGGAAUAUGGCUUCUACCUGUACCCCGUGUUUGCAGAGGGAGAAGGGGAGCCAGUCUAUGCUAUAGCCACCAGAAGAGACCCCGCGGCCUACAUGAUGCUGCUGAUCAUCUCCUUCCUAUCGAUAGUCCUCUUUGUCACUCUGAUGCUCUCCCAAAACCAGAUGAAAAGGUUUGUGUGGAAAGACGUGCCCAACCCAAAAAAGUGCUCCUGGGCUCAAGGACUAGACUUUAAAAAGGCAGACUUUGACCACCUCUUCAGACCUCCUGAAAGCCUGUCUGCUUGGCCGCUGUUGCUGCCCUCUGAGAACAUAUCCAAGGUGGUCAUCGUGGACAAAGCUGACUUCUCAUCUCUGACCACAGCCCUGGUCCAUUCCCCACUUGUGUCAUUGACGACAGACCCAGCCGUCACCUUGGCUGUUUCCCUUUCUCCAGCAUUUGACUCAGAGGUUGAACACGCCAAGUUCAAAGAGAGCGAGGCGCUCACGGGUGGAGCUCCUUCCUUUGCUCUUGAUCUGGAUGCUUUAGCCGGUUCAUAUCCAAUGAUAGACGAGUUACAGCCAGUCACUUCCCACACAGACCAGCCAACAGGCAGCAGAGACACCUCUGCCCAGUCUUCAGUCACAUAUGCCACAGUGCUGCUCACAGAUCCAAAGCAGGAGCAACAUCUCCACUACAAGGAAGGAAGUGGCAGCAGCUCAAGCGAUGAGGGCAAUUUCUCUGCCAACAACUCUGACAUCUCGGGAUCUUUCCCCGGAGGCCUGUGGGAGCUGGACGACCCGCGGCGCUCCUGCUCGUACAACUCUGUGGAGGAGCUCUCCGAGACAUCGGAGCAAGGGGACGAAGGCGAGGUUGGGAACGAGGACGACUUGUAUUAUCUCGUGCUGGACUAUCCGGCGGAAGAUGAGGAGAGCGAGGAGGAGGGGCAGGUAGAAGAGGAGACAAAAAUCGAGCUGUGUAAAAAUGCGGUUUUGAACAGAGAGGACUGUUCGGUGGAGUCGCGCCCUUUGCUCGGCACUGAGGACUCGAGUGGGACCGCGGAGCCACUUUCACAUGGCCUCUCCGCGCUGUACCUCCCUCAGUUUAGAACUGCUCCGUGUACGAGGCAACCGCAGGACAGCAGAGCCUCAGCUGUGACCCUCGCACAGAUUGCAUUGAAAUGAAGAAAUGUGCGCCGUUAAAUCCUUUGUGUUGUAGCUCGUGUCAUCACAGGGAAGGAGGGAGGGGGGGGAAAGCACCUUGAAUUGCAUGAUCGCAAUUUGAUUUAGUCAAUGCUGCUAUUGUGUUCUGUGGGAAAAGAUGUCAUAGGGGAACAAACCACAUUCACAGGCUUUUCCUUCUUUCUUUCUUUCUUUCUUUCUGUCUUUCUUUCUUGCAAAUGCCGUAAUCUGCAACCAUGCGCAAUGAGUUACUACAAGAGUCUAUACUAAGAAAAAAAUGAACUCAUUACUUUAGUAACAAUGUGCAGUCAAUCAUCAAAGAGAGAAGCCAAGCUGUACAAGCUUUACACUGUUCAUUGGUUGUAUCUUACAUGCAGUCAAUUUGGAAUUGGGAUAAUGCAUACAAAUGGUGUAGGUGCAACUGAAGUGAGCCUACAUUCACACACACCUGCGUCUGCUUUCUUUCUUCCUUCUGCAUUUCAACACGGAACGAGGGUCAUAGAGAAGAAAUUAGUGGGAGAGACGAGACCCCAUUCGCCUGCACUGCUUCAACGUCACUUCAGAGCUACUGGUGUGACUAAACCAAACAAUGUGUUGGACAUGAGUAUGUGGAAGGACUAACUCACCUGCCAAGCCAAAGAAUGUUCUUUUGUACUUUGUGCUGUAAUGUGUUUGACUCUGGGUUACAGUUAUUGUGACUUGUUUUUUUUCUUGUUGUAUUUGGCCAUCGACAUAAAAACUCGCUGUCUGGUGUAAAAUAAAGAAAAAAAUAUUGUAUAUUUGAAAAUGGAGAAGAAACUGUC